AUGACUGUCGCCGUCCACUGGUUUAGAAACGGCCUAAGGUUGCACGACAACCCAGCCUUGAUUGAAGCUCACAACAAUGCUGAAAAGCUUAUUACACUGUUCAUUUUCGACGAAACUACGUUCAAUCCGAAAUGGUUUGGAUACAAUCCGAUGCGAUUUCUUCUGGAAAGUUUAAUAGAUCUGAAUAAUAAUUUAGCUUUGCUUGGAGGACGUUUGUAUAUACUUCAAGGAAACCCUGUUAAUAUAUUUAAAAUGAUAAAAGAAAAGAUAGGCCUGAAUUUUAUUACUUACGAACAGGAUUGUGCCCAUACUGGUAGAACUCGUGAUGAAAAGGUAAAGGCAUUUUGCGAUGAAAAUGGUAUAAAAUGCAUUGAGACAGUUUCCCAUACACUGUGGAAUCCAAAAUCAAUAAUUGAAAAAAACGGUGGAGUACCUCCAUUUACUUUUAAACAAUUCCAAAAUACAGCGAACCAAAUUGGUGUUCCUCCAACACCAGUAGGUAAUGUAGACUGGUUGAGUGUAAUUUUUGAGAAACUUCCAGCUUCUAUUCAAGACGAAUUUAAGAACUUACUCAAUCCUACCCCGGAAACCUUUGGAAUUUAUCCAGAAGUUCCAGAAAAUCUAACAUCUACAUACCGUUGGUAUGGCGGUGAGACCAGAGCUUUAGAACAGUUAAAAGAACGACUGGAAUAUGAAAAAGAAGCAUUCGUUAAUGGAUUUUACUUGCCUAACCAAGUAAAUCCUGACCUUUUGAGCCCACCGUCCAGCCUUAGCGCGGCUUUACGAUAUGGAUGCUUAUCCAUAAGAAAGUUUUACUGGGAACUUACAAAACUGUUUAUCAACAAAUUCGAAGGAGAUUUAUUACCUAUGUACAGCGUGACCAGCCAACUUAUUUGGAGAGAUUACUUUUACACCAUGUCUAUUGACAACAAGAACUUUGGCCAGAUAGAGGAUAAUCCAGCGUGCAUUUCAAUACCUUGGAAUGAUAUUAAAAUUCCGGAAAAUAAGAAGAUGUUGGAAUGUUGGAAAACUGGCAAAACUGGAUAUCCCUUCAUAGACGCCGGGAUGAGACAGUUGAUGCAGGAAGGAUGGAUUCAUCAUGUGGUACGAAAUUCAUUGGCAUCUUUCUUGACGAGAGGUGAUCUCUGGAUAAGCUGGGUCGAAGGGUUGAAUCAUUUUAUGAAGUAUUUGCUAGAUGCUGAUUUUUCCGUGUGCUCCGGUAACUGGAUUUGGGUGUCAAGCUCUACGUUUGAACAGCUGUUGGACUGCCCUUUGUGCGUUUGCCCUGUCAGUUACGGUUUAAGGCUUGACCCAUCUGGCGAAUACAUUAAACGAUAUGUUCCUGAAUUAAAAAACAUGCCCGCCCAAUUUCUGUACGAACCAUGGAAAUGUCCCGAAUCAGUUCAAAAACAGGUGGGAUGCAUUAUUGGCAAGGACUAUCCUAAUUGCAUUGUCGACCAUACAAUAGCGUCACGAGGAAACAGAAAGAAAAUGCUGGCACUACGUGUCUCGAUGACGAACGAGAACAGGGUACCACAUUGCUGUCCUUCGGAUCGUGAAGAAGUUCAAAAAUUCAUGUACCUUCCUGAUGAGUGCAUGCAACAGUUGCUUCCUUUGGAAAACCAAGAUAGCAAAGCGUAUGAUAUCUAUAAAUUCCAUUGA